AUGAAUUCCUCAUCCACUCAGUUUCUCAACUCAAAGAGGAUGGAUGUAUAUGAACCUAUGCAUCAGUUUAGCAUGUGGGGAGAUUUCAAAGGCAACAUCUAUCAGGAUGCAUCUGCAGCCAUGAUUAUAGAGAUGGAUGCAAAGCUAGACAACCAGUCAGAGGAUGCUUCACACACAACAAUUGGAGCUUCACAUCACUUUGAUCAAGAAGCAAGUAAACCAGGUGAUAAGGUUCAAAGACGACUUGCACAAAAUCGUGAAGCAGCUCGUAAAAGUCGUUUGAGGAAAAAGGCCUAUGUUCAGCAGUUAGAAGCUAGUCGUUUGAAACUGCUUCAUCUUGAACAAGAACUUGAACAAACUAAGGCACAGGCUGCUUUAUUGAGUGGUGGAGUCAAUGCUAGUCGUCUUGGGAUCCCUGGAACUACAAACUCAGGAAUUGCUGCAUUUGAGAUGGAGUAUGAGCAGUGGGUUGAAGAACAAAAUAAAAAAACUAAUGCUUUAAAGACUGGAUUACAUGCACCAUUGCCUGAAACAGAGCUUGAUAUACUUGUUAAAGACACUUUGAACCACUAUGCCAAUUUAUUUAACAUUAAAGCAGCUGCAGCAAAAACUGAUGUGUGUUAUCUCAUAUCUGGCAUGUGGAAAACGUCAACUGAACGCCUUUUCUUGUGGAUUGGUGGCUUUCGCCCUUCAGAGCUUCUCAAGGUACUUGUACCACAGCUUGAGCUGUUAGACCAACAGUCUCAUGAUCUGUCUAACCUAAUUCAAGCAUGCCAGCAAGCUGAAGAUUCUCUGUCACAAGGAAUGGAAAAACUUCAGCAAACUUUGGCUGAAGCUGUUGCAUGUGCACGUGAUUUAGGAGGAGAUUGCUAUGAAAUGUCUAAUCCAAUGGAGAAAUUAGAAGAAUUGGUACGCCUUGUUAUUCAGGCAGACUUCGUUCGUCAUGAAACCCUACAACAGACGCUUCGCUACCUAACCACCCGACAAGCGGCUCAAGGCUUAAUCUCAUUAGGUGAGUAUUUUCAACGCCUUCGCAACUUGAGUUCAGCGUGGGCCAAGCGGUUAUGUGAACCGGUCUGAACCCUAUACCCUAAACCCUGGUGUCUGUCUGUGUAUAAAGAAAUAGCAGUAUGUUGGAAGUUUUUCUUUUUUAAAAAAAAAAACAGCCUUCCACAAUUGAGAAGUUUUAUAUUUUAUUCUUCGUCGUGUUGAAAAAGUAGUUGUGUGUAACUAGUUUUUUUAGUCUUUUUUUGUUUGGUUGUAUAUAGUCAUAUAUUGAAGAUAAUUUUUUUGUUAGAAUUUGAGACGACUGGUUGUGGUAUGGUUUUUAUACGUUGUACAAAGUAGGAUCGUAUAGAAGUUGUGUGAAGUUACUAAAAUGUUUUUUUAUUAUAU